GAGAUGCUGCAGGCGGCGAAGUACCUGCUGGGCUCCCCGGGCGCGAGCGGGUUCGGCUCCAAGUCGACCGCCGAGGAGGUGACCGCGUCCUGCCCGGACCUCGACUCGCUCACCGCGAUCAUCACCGGCGCGACGUCGGGAAUCGGGGCGGAGACGGCGCGGGUGCUGGCGAAGCGCGGCGCGCGGGUGGUCAUCCCGGCGCGGAACGUCAAGGCGGCCGAGGACAUGCGCGCCCGCAUCCUCGGCGAGUGCCCCGACGCCGACGUCCUCGUGCUUCAUCUCGACCUCAGCUCACUCGCCUCCGUCCGCGCCUUCGCGCAGCGGUUUCUCGCGCUCGGCUUGCCUCUCCACCUCCUCGUAAACAACGCGGGCAAGUUCUCGCACGGGCAGCUGGCGCUGUCGGAGGACGGCGUGGAGAUGACCUUCGCCACCAACUAUCUGGGCCACUUCCUGCUCACCAAGCUGCUGCUUGGGAGGAUGGUGGAGACGGCGGCGGCGACGGGGGUGCAGGGCCGCAUCGUCAACGUCUCAUCCAGCGUCCACAGCUGGUUCUCCGGCGACUGGGCCGACUACCUCAGCCAAGUCACCCGCCGCAAGAUAGCCUACGACGCGACGCAGGCGUACGCGGUGUCGAAGCUCGCCAACGUGCUGCACACCAAGGAGCUCGCCGUCCGUCUCCGGGAAAUGGGCGCCGACAUCACCGUCAACUGCGUCCACCCCGGCAUCGUCAGGACACGACUCAACCGCGACCGGGAGGGCAUCGUCACAGAUCUGGUGUUCGUGCUGCUGUCCAAGCUGCUCAAGACAAUCCCACAGGCUGCGGCGACCACCUGCUACGCGGCGGCGCACCCGAGGCUGGCCGGAGUCUCGGGCCGCUACUUCGCCGACUGCAACGAGGCGCUGCCGUCGCCGGCAGCCACCAGCCGACGAGAGGCCGCGCGCCUCUGGCAGGCGUCGGAGGCCAUGAUCUCCGGCGGCAUAACCCAGCAAGGCGGUGGUAUUCCAGUGCUACAGCCAGACAGGAACAUCUGAUUGCAGAGUACUUAUCUCUGUAUCAACCGUAUAAACAUAAUACUUUUGUCUCUUGUUUGUUCUGCUCCGUGCGAGAUGUAACAUGCAAAUACAAUACAUUAGUAGUGGUAGUAGCCAAUUAGUGAUGGUGUCACAGAGUGAAGAGCAUCUACAAGGGCUGGGACUGUGAGA